GUCUUGACGCAGCUCUCCGAGGCGCCGUAGGACGACCGGAUAACGGGAACCGAGAAGAGGGGCAUCAGAAAAACGCAUCAGUCCGACCGACGCAGACGUGGUGCUAUUGAACAACACGGGCCUUCAGUCGUUCGCAUCUGUCCGUUUCUAUUUUUCUACUUUUGCUCGCGUCGCGGCGGAGGCGGAGGAGGAGCUGCGGGCUCGGUGCGGCGCUGCUGGCGGAGGACCUGCACAUGUCGGCGCGGUGAGGCGUGUGUUCCCCCGCCCUGAUACGGCAGGAGGACGGCGGCGGGAGGAGGAGGCUCCGCGGAGGGCUCUAAACCGCGACGAGAACAACAAUAUCGCCCGCCGCAAGAAAGGAGAGACACAAAUAAGAAUUCAAAGGCGCCGCUCGGGCCGUUUUGAUGGUGGGAAGAGGGUCCGUUAAAAACGAUCGAGGACAACAGUGAUGCGGCAACCGAGGUGGGCCCAGAUUGAUGAUUUUAUGAUAUCAUCAUCCACCGGCAGGACCGAUCACUGAUUCUACUGACGAGGAGCACCAGGGAGGAGAAGACGCUAUAAACUGAUCUGGAGCGCGUCGGAUUGUUUGGUUUUUUUUGCUCUGGAUAAACGCGAGCAGGAGGUUAAUUGUGUGUGUUUUCCCCCCUUUCCUACGAGGAGCUCGGCCAGGCCUGUGCGAGCAGUUUUACAAAGAAACAGUCCGAUUUAGGCCGAUGACUUAGUCUGUGUGUGCGUGUGCGUCUGUGUGUGUGUGUAUGUGUGACGCCAAUACAGCAGCAGCAGAGGGGUGUGCGUACACGCGCGCGCGCGCGCGUGUGUGUGUGUGUUUGUGUGCGUGCGAGAGGAGACGCGCCUGUCUGAGCAUCAUCUGGAAGCUGCGCGUGCUGCUCCUCCACGGGGGAUGAGACGCGAGCGAUUGGCUUGAAACGCCAGAAGAGAUCGGGCAUGCCGCUGACGCCGAUGCCCGCCGCGGUCCGGCUCUGAUAGAGACAGCGAGGCGCAGCACGGCACUGGACAGAAAACAGCCCUUUUAUUCCUCACCUCUCCGCCUCUACACCUUUCCUCCCCCCCUAUCUCUCCCCCCUUCUCCGCCGCCCGUGGCGCGUCUAUUCCCUCCGAUCAAUUGAUAAUCUCUCGGUGAUUCAGAAAGGCCCCCCACGUCCGCCAUCCUCUCCCCUCCAUUCACCCAUACGUCCGUUCAAACGCCUCUCUACGCGCGCGCUCACGCACGCGGGCGACGCCGCAUCGCCGCCGCCGCCGCCAUGGAGACGACCAAGCUGCCUCCGUCGAGCCCGUCCUCGCCGACCACCAGCUUCUCGGUGCCGUCCGCGGAGAAGGUGGACGGCUUCCCGCGCCGGUCCAUGCGCAGAGCCCGGCAGCGGAGGUCCCACAGCUCGUCCCAGUUCCGCUACCAGAGCUCCCAGGUGGAGCUCACCGCACUACCGCUGCUCAAAGAGGCCCCGGUGGCGGAGCUCCACGACCUGUUCUGCAAGAAGCUGCAGCAGUGCUGCGUGCUCUUUGAUUUCCUGGACUGCGUGGCCGACCUGAAGGGGAAGGAGAUCAAACGCGCCGCGCUCAACGAGCUGGUGGAGAGCGUGGCCACGAGCAGAGGAGUCCUCAUAGAGCCCCUGUACCCAGAGGCCAUAAAGAUGAUCUCUGUAAACAUCUUCCGGACUCUCCCGCCCAGCGAGAACCCGGAGUUUGACCCCGAGGAGGACGAGCCGACGCUGGAGGCCUCCUGGCCCCAUCUGCAGCUGGUGUACGAGUUCUUCCUGCGCUUCCUGGAGAGCCCGGACUUCCAGCCCUCCAUGGCCAAACGCUACGUCGACCAGAAGUUCGUGCUGCAGCUCCUGGAGCUGUUUGACAGCGAAGACCCCAGGGAGAGGGAGUACCUCAAGACCAUCCUGCACCGCGUCUAUGGGAAACUGCUGGGCCUCCGGGCCUACAUCCGCAAACAGAUCAACAACAUCUUCCUCAGGUUCAUAUACGAAACUGAGCACUUCAACGGGGUCGCGGAGCUGCUGGAGAUCCUCGGCAGCAUCAUCAACGGCUUCGCUCUGCCUCUGAAGGCCGAACACAAACAGUUCCUGGUCCGGGUCCUCAUCCCACUACACACAGCAAAGUCCCUUUCCAUCUUCCACGCACAGCUGGCCUACUGUGUGGUGCAGUUCAUGGAGAAAGAUGCUACUGUCACUGAAUAUAUCAUUAGAGGGCUGCUCAAGUACUGGCCAAAAACCUGCACACAGAAAGAGGUGAUGUUCCUGGGGGAGAUCGAGGAGAUCCUGGACGUCAUCGAGCCGUCUCAGUUCAUUCGGGUCCAGGAGCCGCUCUUCAAACAGAUAGCAGCUUGCAUCUCCAGCCCUCACUUCCAGGUAGCGGAGCGGGCUCUUUACUUCUGGAACAACGAAUACAUCCUCAGUCUGAUAGAGGAGAACUGUCAAGUCAUCCUGCCACUGGUGUUCGCCACCCUCUACAGAGUCUCCAAGGAGCACUGGAACCAGACCAUUGUGUCUCUGAUCUACAACGUGCUGAAGACCUUCAUGGAGAUGAACAGCAAGCUGUUUGAUGACCUCACUGCCUCCUACAAAGUGGAGAAACAGAAGGAGCUGAAGCGGGAGCGGGAGCGCGCCGAGCUGUGGCGCGGCCUGGACGAGUACCAGGAGCGCCGCACGCAGAUGCUGACGGAGGCCGCCCGGAACCAGCGCAACCUCCAGGAGCGGGCCGAGAGAGGGGACCCGCCCACGCCCUCGUCCCCGCGGGCCGCGCCGGCCGAGCAGCCGGAGCAGAAGCCCGGCGGGGCCUCCUCCGGCGCCGGCGAGAGCGCCACCUAGGGGAUGACGCCGGUGUUAGGGGACAGGGAGAAGACACACAUUUGAUAGGGACGGUGUUGGGAGACAGGAAAAGGUACAGAGCAAAUCCUUUGUUUUAUCUUGUAUCACCGGGGGUUGUGCCUUUUCUUAAAAAAGUGCCCAAACUCAGUGAUCCAAGGUAAACAAAAACCCUCUUUUCCCUGACAGAGUUGUGUGAAACUGGUUCACUUGCUGUACACACAUUAUGUUGCAGAUCACAAGAUGAAUAUUGCCCCAAAGUGCAGUUUGUCCUUUUAAAUAAGAGCUGAUUUACUAAACUGCAGGUCAGUACCUCCAACCGGUAGUUGAACUGCUUCAAAUCAGCCGCAACAUAAAAGUUUUAAAAGCAUCAAAGUUUUCUUGUGGUGCAACAAUAUCCAAGUUUUCACGCGUCCAACUCAUCUCAACAUAUAAACAACUAAGUCUGUACUGUGGCCUUGUAAUAAUCUUUUGGUCAGAGAUGCUUAUUUUAUGCGUGGAUAGCACAAUAUAUUCUAAAAUAAAGGAAACAAUUUCACACAAAUGUCCUAAAACUGGCACACGAGAAGGCCCAUACGCCCCCCCCCCCCACACACACACACACACAGAGCUGCAUAUGUACAGUAAAUGUUAGAAUCAAAAAGCUACAGCGAGUGUAUCCAGGUCAAACGGAUCCCACAUAUUUGUUAGAAACACAGUCCUCAGUCACACAGCUGGUGUUGGUACCAACUCUUCUCCCAUCUGUCGGGUUCCACCAAAGGAAGAGCCAAAAGUCUGUUAAGGCUAAAUGACCACUGAUGAUUCUAAUGAUAUAAAGUACAAAAAUGUUCCUUCUUCUUACUUGUUACUUAACUACUCCUAUUCUACUCUAAGUACUACUGAUGAUGAUAAUGAUGAUGAUAAUGUUUUUAUAUAUAUGUAUAUAUAUAUAUACAUAUAUACGUAUAUAUAUAUGUAUACAUAUGUCUCUGGAUAUUUCUGUAGUGUAUUAUGGGAGAAACACUAGUGUAGCAGAUACCAUAAAGGGGAAGGAUGGCUUGAAUUCUGAAUUCAUGUCACAAUAAAUGUGUGAGGCCAUAAUGUGAGUGCUGAAAUUCAGCGGAAUUCUCCUUUAACAGACCCUAAGGAGGGAGUAAUGAACUGGGUUGGAAAUGGUCUUUGCCUGUUUUGACACUCUUUGGCAGUGGGUGGAUUAUAAAGUUCAAAACAAUUCUAAAAAUAUUUUACUUCUUAAGGUUAUUACUGUGCAUUUUUAUCACAGUAACGGCUUCUGUUCAUGUUUGGAAAUGACUCCACGUGGAUCUGUUGUCACGAAUGAUUCGACUUGCCCCUGGUCGUCAGCCCAAACUAUGCAAAACCUCAUUGGCCUGAAACAUUCCUGAGACAUUUUAGGCAGCACACAAUUAGAAGUUUUAAUGUUGUGUGUUUAAAUAUUUACUUGAAUGCACUAAUUGACAUAUUUUAUAUCAAGCGGACCCCAAGUGUCCACCCAGCUCAGAUUCUGAGAUUCUGAAAGAGCGAAUUGAGUGCAUGUUCAAGAUUUCAACCCAGGAGGAAACCAUGGUAACCCAGUUUCAUUACUGUCCACGGAGUCUGUUGCUUUAGGCUCAGCAGACCCCAUGCUGCUAGAUGGCGACCAUGACGAUACAUUGUCUCUGUGUGAAUCAGCAAAACGUGACGAAAUAGAGAGGGGUGGAAAAAAAAAGAAAAAAAUUAUUUUAGCAAUAUUUUCAUUCUUUCAGGAUAAUCUGUGUUUUUAGGUGGGUUAAACACGUACUCAAACGUUUACCCUCCACUCGUUUUUAAUCCUGUUGCGUCCUUGAUAUUCACAUUGUCUUAAAGGUACUUUUUUUGUGUAAAUUUAUUUGAUGAAAAACUAUUUUGCUUUGUAAUUUAGUUGUUUAUUUUCUUGUUUUUUUGUACGAUCUUGUUCAUUUUGUGGAAAACUGUUACUGAUGCUAUUUAUUUUCUAUUUGAUCAGGAACAGUAACUUUAUUUGAAGGCGAUGGUCAGGUUGUGUGUGCGUGCGUGCGUGUGUGCGUGUGUGUGUGCGUGUGUGUGUGAGCAUCGGUGAGCAGGAGAUGCGUAGACAGAGUAACAGAGAAGGAGAAGCUCCUCUCUCCUCGUUUCUCUCUCUCUCUCUCCUUCUCUCCUCUCUGAAGGACAGGGUUUGAAUCCGAAUGUAUCGUACAACAGACUGAUUGUUCUCUUUGACGCUUGAGAUGCAGAGCUACCUGUCGGCUGCUUCGUAACCAAACAUUCAGAAAUCCUUCGGACCAGCAGUUUGUUUUGUAAAACACUCACUUCAAAUGAUGCCUGAGUCAACAGCGUUUUGAAAGCCAGCGGAGUCGCACCCAUCAGGUUUAUGUACAGUUAGUCAAACUCCAGCUUGAUUUGAAGCGUUCACACAUACGUACAUCUGCUGAGGGAGUGUCUGACCUCCACGGUGGGACCUCCACUGCCUGACAAUGUUUUGGUCAAACCGAAUAUUGUGAGUGUUUUUAAAGCUGUCAUAAACUGUGGGCAGAGCAAACAGAACAUCAGGUGGGAUUUCACACUUUGUUCACAAUCAGGCAAACACAAAAAAACAAAAAAAAAAGAGAGAAAACCUGACCUUGGUGUCAUUAAACUCAGCUUACGUUCUGAUUUUCGUUCUGGCUAGCUUAUUCACCAACCCUCUUGAUUGUUAUUGUCGGAUUGUUAGCUGACUUUGGGGGCGGGGCUUCCGCUCCCACCACUCUACAGUCUCCAUCCAUCAGCAUCCUCAGUUGACGGAGGCUGUCGCACAGUUCAGUGCUGCAGAACGGGAAGGGACAGAGGAGGGCGGGCGUUUGCAGAGGGUUCCGGUACCGCUCCACCGCCGCGCGUCCUCUCCAAGUUAAACCGGAGAGGAGCCGUGCAACGGAUUUGACCAAAUCGUCCCGUUAAGGUUAAGACAGAGAGGGAGGAAGACAGAGGAAAGAAAACACAUAGUUAGACGUAAUAGAAAGGCAAUAAGUCAGAGCAACAGUAACAGAACGACAAUAUAAUGUUACCGAAACCUACAAAUGCAUUAACGUAGCAAUUUCACUGGAAUUCUAGAUUUGCACUGUCUGCCCAAUGGUCUGUGUUUGUUGUGUUGAAGAAAAACCUUAGAGAGGAAGCAGAUGUAUAUUUUGGGGACCAACACAACGGUGGGGGGGGGUUGAAUGUAGAGAAGCUUACUACUGUACGUAACAUUACAGGGGGUGUAGAAUGGAGAAAAAAAACUAUGUGCUAAAAAUGAAACUUCACUUUGAGAAAACA